AGUCUCCACCUGCUCGGCCAGGCUCGACUCGGUUCGUCUCGCCUCAUGUUUCUCGCGCGGCAGUCCACGCCCCGAUCCACGUCCAGCCCGCCUCCGUUCACGGCGCGCACCCACGCCCGACUGACGCGUGCUGGGCUCGGCUCUGCCCUGCACUACGCCGCCGAACCUCAAUAAGACGGCCAGGAAAAACAUUACAGGACCGGACACUGCGGAGCACGACGAUGACGAGGAGAGCCGACCUGGUUGCCGUUUGAGAGAAAAAAGACGACCCUCAAAAGAAAGGUGACCUAACCCCCAAGGCAUCAUGAUUCCCGUGAUGGAAUUCCGCCAGUUCUCGGAGCAGCAGCCCGCUUUCCGAGUUCUGAAGCCGUGGUGGGACGUGUUCACGGACUACCUCUCCGUCAUUAUGCUUAUGAUCGGUGUGUUUGGAUGCACGCUUCAGGUCAUGCAAGACAAGAUCAUCUGUCUCCCACACAGAACGGCGUCCCACGACAACACGAGCGAAGUGGCCACCAAGCCUCUGCAGCUCCGCUACAACAUCUCGAGCGGGCCCAGAGAAAUGAGCGGCCUCAAAACGGACCUGGACCUCCAGCAGUACAGCUACAUCAACCAGAUGUGCUACGAGAAGGCCCUGCACUGGUACGCCAAGUACUUCCCUUACUUGGUUCUCAUCCACACGCUGGUCUUCAUGGUGUGCAGCAACUUCUGGUUCAAGUUCCCAGGCUCCAGCUCCAAAAUUGAACACUUUAUCUCCAUGCUGGGCAAGUGCUUUGACUCCCCGUGGACCACGCGGGCUCUAUCCGAGGUUUCCGGAGAAAACCCAGAAGAGACGGACCGGAAGAAGAGCGGCGCGGUGGUGUCCCCCGAAGGCGUGGAAUUGGAGACGACUCAGUCGCUGCGCUCCAUCCCGGAAAAAAUUGUGGCGGACAAACCGUCGGCGAGCGCUCUGGAUAAAAAGGAGGGCGAGCAGGCUAAGGCGCUUUUCGAAAAGGUGAAGAAGUUCCGCUUGCACGUGGAGGAGGGCGACAUCCUCUACAUCAUGUACGUGCGGCAGACCGUUUUCAAGGUGUUCAAGUUCCUGGUGAUUAUCAUCUACAACAGUUCCCUGGUGGACAAGGUGCGCAACUGCGUCCCAUGCGAGGUGGAGAUCCAGGACAUGACGGGCUACAAGGAAUUUGAGUGCAACCACACCAUGGCGCACCUCUUCUCCAAGCUCUCCUACUGCUACCUGUGCCUGGUGGCGCUCUACGGCCUGACCAGCCUAUACACGUCCUACUGGCUCUUCUACCGCUCCCUGAAGGAGUACUCCUUCGAGUACGUGCGCCAGGAAACGGGCAUCAGCGACAUCCCCGACGUGAAGAACGACUUUGCCUUCAUGCUGCACAUGAUCGACCAGUACGACCCGCUCUAUUCCAAGAGGUUCGCCGUCUUCCUGUCGGAGGUGAGCGAGAACAAGCUGAAGCAGCUCAACCUCAACCACGAGUGGACGGUGGAGAAGCUGCGGCAGCGGCUGCAGGUCAACGCCAACAACCGGCUGGAGCUGCAGCUCUUCAUGCUGCCCGGCCUGCCCGACACCGUCUUUGAGCUGAGCGAGCUGCAGUCGCUCAAGCUGGAGAUCAUCAACAACGUGAGCAUCCCCGCCUCCGUCUCCAAGCUGGAGAACCUGCAGGAGCUCUCGUUGUAUCAGUGCUCCAUCAAGCUGCACACGGCGGCCACGUCCUUCCUCAAGGAGAACCUCAAGGUGCUCCGCGUCAAGUUCGACGACAGCAGGGAGUUCCCCAGCUGGCUGUACGGACUCCGGACCCUGGAGGAGCUCCAUCUCACCGGCUCGCUGUGUCCAGACGCCUCCAGAAACAUGAUCCUGGAGUCUCUGCGGGAGAUGAAGUGCCUCAAGACGCUCUCGCUGAAGAGUAAUCUGACCAAGAUCCCGCAGUCCAUCGUGGACGUGUCCAGUCACCUGCAGCGCCUCUACCUGCACAACGACGGCACCAAGCUGGUGAUGCUGGGCAACCUGAAGAAGAUGACCAACCUGAGCGAGCUGGAGAUGGUACGCUGCGACCUGGAGCGUAUCCCGCACGCUAUCUUCAGCCUGAGCGGCCUGCAGGAGCUGGACCUGAAGGAGAACAACCUGCGCUCCAUCGAGGAGAUCUUAAGCUUCCAGCACCUCCGCAAGCUCACCUGCCUGAAGCUCUGGUACAACGGCAUCAUGUACAUCCCCGAGCACAUCAAGAAGCUGGGCAGCCUGGAGCGCCUCUACUUCAGCCACAACAAGAUUGAGAUCCUGCCCUCGCACCUCUUCCUGUGCAACAAGCUUCGCUACCUGGACCUGUGCCACAACGACAUCCGCUUCAUCCCGCCGGAAAUCGGCGUCCUGCAGAGCCUGCAGUAUUUCUCGGUAUCCUGCAACAAGAUCGAGAACCUGCCCGAUGAGCUUUUCUUCUGCAAGAAGCUCAAGACGCUGAAACUGGGCAAGAACUCUCUGUCUGUCCUCUCGCCAAAGAUCUCCUACCUGGCCCAGCUGGUCCACCUGGAGCUGAAGGGGAACCACUUUGAGCUCCUGCCGCAGGAGUUGGGCUGCUGCUGGGCACUCAAGCGCAGCGGCCUGGUGGUGGAGGACGCCCUGUUUGAGACUCUGCCGUCGGACGUCAGGGACCAGAUGAAAGCGGAGUGAAGACGCCUUACUCUUACCGCCGUGCCUGCUGGUUGCCUCCUCCCGACUUUUGUAGGAUCUCACGAGGGCGCAUCGGAUGUGCACUAUUUUUUUACUACGUCUGUUUUCCUGUACCCGUUUUCGUAAAUCAGCCCCCGUGGCCAGUUUCACCUAGCAACGUGGAAUUUGGUAGCUACAUCUAUUAUGGUCAGAGCCACAAAAAAAGACUCAAGGUCUGUAAAGAUACAGAAAGUCUGCCGUUUUGAUUUGAAGCAGCUAUUUUAGGGACAUUUAAAUCAUUUGCCUUCAAAAACCAAACUCGUCUCAAAUAUUUGGCUUGAUAGAUUGCUGACAAGCAAAGCAAUUUGUGUCUGUCCGCCUCAGGUUGGAAAAUGGCGGCAAAGAUGGAUGACUCCCCAUAAAACACCAAACGUCAAAUUUACAUCCUGUGACUGACUAACAUUUCUAUUUUGUGUCUGAUGGAAUUCAGUCAGAAGAGAAAAAUACCAAAGAUGAAAUAAUACGUAAAGCAGUACCUCAUUUUCGUGUUAAACAGCUUUUGACAUAUUGCUGCAAUCCCCUGGAGCUUCGAAUCUAGGGCUCCUUGAUUUUUACCGCUACUAAUUAAAGGCACUGACCUUAUUCAAACCUCAUUUACAUCGAUGGUCACUGGUCACAGCAUUAGGUACACCUGCAUGACGUAAGGUGACCCAAAAUAA